AUGUUCGAAGUAUUAGAAGAGGGAACAGACAACCAACAUGAAGAAGAAAUUUCAGCUGAUUCUAUAGAAACGACGGGACUCGUAGCUCAUGUGGACCUUUUCGCGGUCAGCCCACCGCCUGGAAUGACUUUUGAACCCCUGGAUGAUUCCAUGCAAACACCUUCGGAUGACUGUGAAAAAGGUUCCUGUGAUCAAGGUAGUAGUAGCCAGGAAGACCGAAGCGACGAGACUUCACUUGUCGUGGACGAGAACUCGGUUUUAACAUCGGCCGUUUUCGGUUCAUCAUUUGUUAAUGCGGUUAAGAUCCACGAUUUGAAUGGAGAAAUAGUCAUUCUUUUCGUUUUCGCGGACUUGUCCGUGAAAAUAGAGGGACACUUUGUGUAUCGCUAUCGGUGCUUUAAUUUGUCCAGUCGCGUUGCUGGCUCGGAUGAUAUCCCAAUCAUGGCAGAAUUACGCAGCGGAAUAUUCAUUAUCUAUUCGACGAAAGAAUUUCCUGGACUUCAGGCGUCCACAGAGCUCACCAAGCAUCUGGGCCGGUGGGGAGUACGGGUAAACUUACGGGAGCAUAGUCGAGGCAAAAGGAAUAAACAAGGUGAAGAAGAUGGUGAAGAAGAUGAGAUUUCUAACGGCGGAGGGGAGAUGAUUGUGGACGAAGAGCAUGGCCUGCAAUUUUACAGCAGACACUUCUUGGCUCAACAAAGGCAGAUUGUGUUCGGGCCUCCAGCAUCUCAUCAGGGAGGAGGGGGUUAUGAACAUGGACCGUAG